AUGAAGGACCGGAAGAAGGUCGCGGAAAGUGGUUCCAAGAACGACAUCCUGUAUAUACUAGCUGUGGACGGUGGCUGCGGUUGGUUUGUUGUUAUCGAUCACUUUUCAUUCACAUUUUCAUCGAUGAGCGAUUUCGGCAUAAAUUUGACACGUUUGUUGCCCUCAGCAGUGUACCUUAACGAAACGAAAAGAAACAACUAUGAGGAUAUCGAAGUACAGCAGAUCAAUGUGUGA